AUGACCAGCAUUGACGACCUCUUGCUGGUGCAAGAUGCAGACGGUGGUGCCAUCAAAAAUCUGCAAAAGGGCAGCCAGGACCCCGCGCGCAUCAAGGCGGAGCUCGAGGAGCUGUACCUGUCACCGUCGCCAGAGUUCUCAGACGAGUGGCUGAACCGCCUGCAGCAGCGCUGGGAUUAUGAAGCCGACUAUUCGUCACUGUUCCGGAUCGCACCCACGCAGACAAGAACCGUCACCCGUUUUCAGCGCCAGGGUCUCGAAGGCCGCGUCACGGGUUACAAGAAUGUCACGGUGCCCCGGCACAGCGCCACCGCCAAAAACUCGACCAGCCUGCUCCGAAAGCCCGCCAACCGCGCAGAAUUCGUCCGCGGCGCCGCUGGAUUCUUCCCUUUUGCACCCGGUGGUCUUGCGCCGGGCGGUCUGGAGAGCAUUGAAGCUACGGCGGCCUUGGAGGACCAGGCACUGGCGGAUCCUAGCGGAGACGGCGAGGCUGAUGGCAACAAGCUCGACAGAGUCAUCCAAUUCACCCACGGAGGCCUGCUUCAAGUAGCACCUGGCCUGGAACGAGGAAUCGAUUUCGGAAAGAAGAAGACGCAACAAGAUAAAGAAGCAGAAGACGCCGUACAGCAAGUUUUGGAAGAGGCGCCGGAGCGAGCUACUGGGGAGGAGAACAAAGAGGAUGGAGGCGAUCAAGAGGAUGCGGACGAGGACGAAGAUGAGGAAGGAGAAGACGACAUUGACGAUAUCUUGCCCGUUGAAUUCCCUUCACUUGAGCCACAUGGCGUGCUCGCCACCUCCCGGGCUAAGAAGGCGGGCAAGGAAUGGGCACACAUGGUGGACAUUCGGAAAGAAAUGGCCAACUUCAGAGAGCUAGUCCCUGACAUGGCGCGAGAAUGGCCAUUCGAGCUAGAUACGUUUCAAAAAGAAGCCGUCUAUCAUCUCGAGAAUGGCGACUCUGUCUUUGUCGCCGCACACACCUCCGCCGGCAAGACUGUCGUGGCAGAGUACGCUAUUGCUUUGGCCGCCAGGCACAUGACCAAGGCUAUCUACACAUCACCCAUCAAGGCGCUCAGCAACCAAAAGUUUCGCGAUUUCCGAGAAACUUUUGACGAAGUCGGUAUUCUCACCGGCGACGUGCAAAUCAACCCUGAAGCUAGCUGCCUCAUUAUGACCACGGAAAUUCUGCGCUCCAUGCUGUACCGCGGUGCCGAUUUGAUUCGCGAUGUGGAGUUUGUCAUUUUCGACGAGGUGCACUACGUCAACGAUUUCGAGCGAGGUGUGGUUUGGGAAGAAGUCAUCAUCAUGCUGCCAGAGCACAUCUCGCUGAUUCUCCUCUCCGCGACAGUGCCCAACACCCACGAGUUCGCAUCGUGGGUUGGACGCACGAAGCAAAAAGACAUCUAUGUCAUUUCCACCGCCAAGAGACCCGUACCGCUUGAACACUAUCUCUGGGCGGGCAAGGAUAUCCACAAGAUUGUGGAUUCCGAUAAAAAGUUCAUCGAAAAGGGCUGGAAGGAGGCCCAUGCCACGCUCCAGAACAAGAAAGAGGUCAAAGGCGCGGAGACGACGGUCGCGACUCGUGGCGGCAACCCCCGGGGUGGUCAGCGUGGCGGCCAGCAGCAGCGUGGCGGCCGUGGCGGCGCCCAGCAACGUGGCGGCGGCGGACAGCGAGGCGGAAACCAAAGAGGAGGUCGUGGUGGCGGAGGCCCUCCUCGCGCAAGCCAUGCGCCUGGCCACAUGGGUCGUUCUGGGAGAACCGGCUUUGCUUCUGCAGCGCAGGACAAGAAUCUGUGGGUGCAUUUGGUGCAGUAUCUCAAGCGCAACACGCUCCUGCCAGCAUGCAUCUUUGUCUUUUCCAAGAAGCGAUGCGAAGAGAACGCAGAUGCGCUGAGCAACCAGGACUUUUGUACGGCGUCUGAAAAGAGCCGCAUUCACAUGAUCAUUGAAAAGUCGAUUGCCCGGCUGAAGCCAGAGGACCGUGUCCUGCCGCAAAUUAUCCGCCUGCGAGAGCUGCUCGGCCGAGGUAUCGCAGUGCAUCAUGGCGGAUUGCUGCCUAUCGUCAAGGAGCUGGUUGAAAUUCUGUUUGCUGAGACGCUCGUCAAGGUGCUGUUUGCCACCGAGACAUUUGCUAUGGGUCUGAACUUGCCGACCAGAACAGUCGUCUUUUCUGGCUACCGCAAGCACGACGGACACUCGUUCCGUAAUCUUUUGCCAGGCGAAUACACGCAGAUGGCUGGCCGUGCCGGUCGUCGUGGGCUGGACAAGGUUGGGUCCGUCAUUAUUGUCCCCCCUGGCGGUGAUGAUGUACCUCCUGUCGCUGACUUGCGCAAUAUGCUCCUGGGCGAGCCAUCCAAGCUUCGAUCGCAGUUCAGACUAACAUACAACAUGAUUCUGAACCUGCUGCGCGUCGAAGCUCUGAAGAUUGAAGAAAUGAUUAAGCGCAGUUUCUCUGAGCACGCCACACAGCAACUCCUCCCUGAGCAUGAAAAAGAUGUCAAGCUGGCCCAGGCGGAUUUGGACAAGGUGAAGCGCGAGUCGUGCAAAAUUUGCGACACUGCUGUUGAUGAGUGCCACCAAGCUGCUCAGGACUACAAGCAGCUCACUACCGAACUCUACAAGGGCUUGCUCAAGAUUACGAUCGGCCGCAGAAUGUUUGCGCAGCAACGCUUGAUUGUGUUUAACUGGGACGGCAUCCGCACUGUCGGUAUCCUGCUGACCGAGGGUGUGAGCCCCAGAAGCACGAUCGAGGAUCCCACUCUGCACGUGUGCGCGCUCAAGCCGCUCCGUGAUCGCCGUGACGGUACCGAUCUGCUGCCGUUCCUGCCGGCGUACCGCAAGUAUCUGCACAAGCUGCCGCAGGGCCGCAAGCGCAUGCAAACCAAGACGCUCCAUGUUCCAUUGAGCGACGUGGAGUGCCUGACGCGGUGGGUGCUCAAGGGCACCGUGCCCGACAUUAUGAAGCGCGGCGAGGUGGCCUUACAGGCCUUGGACAAGCUCCAGGAGAUUUGCGUCUCGUGGGAUGACAAGUGGGACGAGGUGGACAUGGCCAAGAUCAAGAGCAUGCAGCUGCAGGAGAUUGUAGACAAACGAGUGCAGCUUGCCAAGAAGAUGACGACGUCGUCGGCCAUGUCGUGCCCUGCCUUUCUCAAGCACUUUGCGAUGUGCCACGACGAGUGGCUCAUCAAGGAGCACAUCCAGCAGCUCAAGCUGUCACUGUCUGAUCAGAACCUGCAACUUCUACCCGACUACGAGCAGCGCGUGCAAGUACUGAAAGAGCUCGGCUUCAUUGAUGAUGCCACGCGCAUCCAGCUCAAGGGCAAAGUCGCCUGUGAGGUGCACUCUGGCGAUGAGCUCGUCCUCACGGAGCUCAUUUUGGACAAUGUGCUUGCCGACUUUGACCCCGCCGAGAUUGCCGCCCUGCUAUCCGCAUUCGUAUUUCAGGAAAAGACGCUCGUCGAGCCCGUCCUCACCGGCAACCUCGAGCGCGGACGCGAGCGCAUCGUGGCCAUUUCGGAGAAGGUGAAUGACGUGCAGACGCGGCUGCAGGUGAUUUUGUCGUCGGAGGACUCCAACGACUUUGUGUCGCGGCCGCGCUUCGGCCUCAUGGAGGUGGUGUACGAGUGGGCGCGGGGCAUGAGCUUCAAGAACAUCACGGGGCUGACGGACGUGCUCGAGGGCACGAUUGUGCGCACCAUGACGCGGCUGGACGAGACGUGCCGCGAGGUGAAGAAUGCGGCGCGCAUCAUUGGCGAUCCGGACCUGUACCAGAAGAUGCAGCAGGCGCAGGAGAUGAUCAAGCGCGAUAUCACGGCCGUGGCGAGCUUGUACAUGUAA